AGUGGCAAAGCACGUGCUUGUUGUUGUGUUACCAACCGAGAGGAAAACCUCGAAGAAUGUACUGUACUUCGCCCAGGUGGGACGGUUGGAGCCGGUCCCGCCAUGUGGCAUUCCAGAAAUGUCGAAAAAGGAGCAGGAGAGGGGCUGCCAUGCUGAGGAGAAACUGAAAGAAGGCGGCGGACAAGCGGAUACAGCAGCCUUUGGGUGACAAGGAGGAAAGCAAACUUGUGAAAAACUAAGUCAUAAACCCCAGGGACAGUAUUUGAUGGCAGGGCUGGCUCAAGCGGUGUUGGUUGCUGUCGUAAACGGAAAUUAAGGUUUGCCCCCCCCCCAAGGAGGUUUCCUCGAUUACAGCCCCUUUCCCCUGUGGCAAGAGGAAGUAACUUGCACUUUAAGUUGUAUGGCGUGAGUGUGGGGACGGACUGCAAUCCGAGAAAGGGGAGCGCACAAUUGUCCUCGCAUCUCAAACCAUGCCCCAAGGCUCUGGGGCGGAGGGUGUGCGCGUGCUCGUCCUAAAAAGGUUUUCCUUGUUAUCCUGGACCCAGAGCUAUUGGAAAUCUGCCACUCCAAGCAGCUGCCGCCCGCAUUGCUGAUCAGAUUGAACCGGCCGUUGGUAUCAACAUCAAUACCCACCAACUCAGGGCAGCCAGCCUGGUGCACUGCUCUUUUAGCACGAUCCUUUGCGUGCUGUCUUGAAAAUGGUUCACUGCGUCCAAAGCGACUUGCUCCCCAAUGAGGGUGCAUAGGGUAGGGGUCUAGAGUUAGUAUAGGGUUCUUCAGUUCAGGAUUUGGGGAUUCUUUGGGGUGGUGGUGUCUUGUUUUCUUAAUCGCUCAGCUGCUGUAUUUUACAGAGCAAACACAAUUUUCUACAGUGUAGAAUCCAGAGGAAAGAGUUGUGGCACGCAGAGACAAGGCAGUGGAGUAGAAUCAGGAAUAUUAAUGAUAUAAAGAAAUGGAUCUUAUUUACAGAGAUGCAAGUGCAGACUGCAUUCGAUGCUCGGGCUUCUGGCUGAUGAUUGCUUAUUAGCCUUGUCUCCACUUCUGGACUGGACUAAAAGUAACUAAAGCACCAUUCAAAAGCUGGCCUGGAUCUAGGAAUGGAUUAACCCAAAAUUAACACAUACAUACACCACAUCCCCCUCCACCCCAUCCUCCACCACCCCCAGAUACAUUUAGGCCUCAUUCACACGCAGGUGGGGUGUUUAAUGCUGGAAACCACACAAGUUUGAGAAGACUGCUGUAUGGCUGCUAGGAAUAUAUGAAGAUGUUCCGAUAUGACUUUGUCUACAUGCAAAAUCUCGUAGCUCUCAGGAAGGGACAAUUCUGGUAUACGAGCAUGAUGCCUUACAAGGGAUGUAGCCUUUUAUUUCACAGUAACUUGGGGAAUGUUCGUGUAAAGUGCGUUCUCUAUGCUAGACCCUAAUAUUUGCAGUCUAAUAUUUUCUUGGAAAUAGAUACUAUGGUUCGCUUGGAAAUAUGGCACUAUGCAUUUGAGGGGCCAGCGGAAAAGUGAGAGUGAGCCACAUGCACAACUGGUCGUAUCAUUGCACCUUAACUUCCAGACAAAGCUGCAGGAGGGCUUUAUUGACUGUGCAUGAGUGGCUCGUUUUCCUUUUUUCAUACGCCCCUUUCAGGGAGAGACAGUCAUGCAAACAGCUGACAUUGCACUGUGUUUUAAUUCUAGGCUAGAAGUGAGGACAAGGCAAUUCAUGCUGUCAGUUGCAUCUUAGAACAGAUGGGAGUCUUGGGAUACGCGUGGGUAGAGGCAAUGCAGGUGCUGAUCACGGGAUAGGUGAUUGAUUGACAAGACUGAUAAAAUAUCUUAUUUGUUGCUGCUCUCAGUUUCUCAUUCGGUAGGUCCAUGUAAGGAACAUGCUAGGUCUAGCUUAAACAGAGUGGUCCACUGGACCACACUCGUUCGUUCUUCUUCUUUUUAAAACUUACAUGACAUCUAUUUCGAUCUGAAGAGAAGCCAAUACUAUCAACAGCCGAUGCCAACAACAAAAUACAUCACCACUUGUGCAGCACAGUCCUAUGCAUCUUUGCUCAGGAAUAAGUCCCGCUGUGUUCAACGGGACUUAACUCUUAGGUGCCUGCGCGUAUUCUUAUACUUCGAGUCUAGACGCUUACUCGUAAGUAAGCCUCGUUGAACACAGUGGAAUUUAUUCCCAAAUGUGACUAGAAUAGCGGUCCUAUUAUGUUUACACUGGGAGCAUAUACUGGAGGCCGUACGUGAGACGGAAGCGCUAAGGUACAAUACAGUUCAUUCGCGCCGUACGUCUUGUUGCAGCUCCAAACGACCAGAAGCGAAACAUUAGCAGCUCGAUUCCGCACCUGUUUAUCCAGGAGUAAGUCUAAAUGAGUUCAAUGGGACUUUACACCCAAAUGAAUAGGAAUAGGAUUGCAGCCCUAACGCAGAGAAAAGCUAUACAGAAAUUGCAAUGCUGCUUUUCGCUUCAGAGACCAGCGUCCGUUCUCUAGCCACAGAAGACUACCAGCCACCUAGCCAGACGCUUGGGAAAGAGCCACAUAUGGCGCAGCGGCUAACUACUAGAGUGUUUGUGGAAGACAAGGAGUCAUUGCGCAAGCGCAUGUACGUUUUUGGGAGCAGAAGUCAAAGUGGGCGCGUCAAAACCUGAGCCGCUCUUCCUAUUGGGCGCUCUGAGUAAAGACGCGCCGCACCCCAACAUUGCAGGGCGUAACCAAUAGCAAAGACUGAUGCGGAGUUCUCGCGAGCGGUGGCGUGAAGCUGGCACCGCCAUGUUGAAAAAGGGAGAGGCCACAUCCACCUUAUGUCGUUCCGCAGGUUUUUAUAAUUUUCAAAAGGGGACGCGAGGACCUCUCUGAGGCAAUAAGAUCUACCCGGCCUUUUAAGCGUGGUUUCUAGUUCCCGAAAAUUUAGAGCGGUGGCAGAGAAGCGGCGGAGGCGAGAGGAUGGUGCAGUCCUGCUCUGCCUACCGUUGCCGGAAUCGAUACGACAAAGAGAAGCCCAUCUCCUUCCACAAGUUUCCUCUCACAAGGCCUGAUCUCUGCAAGAAAUGGGAAGCUGCUGUUAGAAGAAAAAAUUUCAAACCAACAAAAUAUAGCAGCAUUUGUUCAGAACACUUUACUCCAGAUUGCUUCAAAAGAGAAUGCAAUAACAAGCUACUAAAAGACAAUGCUGUGCCAACAAUAUUUUGCCACACAGAACUAAAUGUGAAGUCUGAAGGCAUUCAAGAACCACUUGAAGAACCAUCUCCCCCUUCUCCUUCACCACCACCGCAAACUGAUCCAAGACUAGUAGAUCCAAGCAUUGGAUUAUUAAUGCCACCACUUCACACCCCUAAUAAUAUUGCUGUUUUUUGUGAUCACAACUAUACUGUAGAGGAUACGGUACAUCAGAGAAAAAGAAUUCAGCAGCUGGAAGAGCAGGUAGAUAAACUACGGAAGAAGCUUAAGACCGCACAGCAGCGAUGCAGACGUCAGGAGAAACAGAUUGAAAAACUGCGAGAGCUUGUUCAGUUUCAGAAGGAAAAAGACGUGUUGUCAGGCAAAGGUGGCUAUGUGAUUCUGCCGAAUGACUAUUUUGAAAUUGUAGAAGUACCUGCGUAGGAGGCUUACGUUUAUACUUAUGGGGCACUGCCAAAUUUAGCCUCAUUAGACUAACUCAGAAGUUCAGUUUAAAAAUGAAAUGCUUUUUAGUUCCAUGAAUAAGAUACUUCAGCCUUUGAAAACGACAAUAAAAAAUUGCUAUAUAUAA